AUGAGCAUCAAGAACACCGAUCACAACGUCAACAAGAGCAUCAACCACGACAUUCUCAACAGUUCCAACAGUUUCAGCUUCUCCAAAGACUACCAAGACGCCCUUGUAAAACUGCAGUAUCUGCAGCUGCGGUUCAGACUGGCUCAGGCUGACAUGGCCAUGGAGAUUGGCGCGUUGAUGAAACUGGAUGCCAUGGCCCGGUGGCCCGGUGGAGAGAAAAUAUGCCUGUCUCUGGCAAACGAUCAACACAAACCACCCAGCCUCUACUUAAGCACCUAA